AUGCCCGACAUUCCCUGUCCCUACUGCUGUGCCCAAAUCGUACCACCGUCCUCCCCCUCUCCCGUAACCAAUCAGGAUGGACACACCAUUCUUCUGCUGCAAACAGCGCCACAGAAAUCAUCAUGCACUUAUAUCGAGUACCCCACCACAGCAGAAGCCAUUGAUGGGCUGUGUGCUCUCUUUGAGCGGCGGCUCAAGGAGAUGAACCCUGGAGUGAAGAACAUCACAUACGACAUCUCAGAGCUGUACCAGUUCAUGGAGUCUCUGCCCGACCUCACCGCCCUCGUACUGGAUGAGUCUAUCUGUGCAUACGUCCCAUUUGACCGAAAACGGCUCAAAGAGCUUGCAUACCAGCGGCUAAGCAAGCUAGCUGGUAACGUGCACUUCGGCGGAGUCGCAAGCCCCGACGCGGGGAUUAACCCCCAGUUCUACAACUGGAAUGUGGUGCUUGUCAAGUACUGCGACGGCAGCUCCUUCACGGGCGGUUCGGGCAAGAAGAACAAGACGGAGGAGACCGGCAAGACGCUCUACUAUCGGGGACACUGGAACUUAAACGGCGUGCUUCAGGAUCUGCUGGACACUCAAAAUCUGAACCAUGGGGAGGAGGUGCUGGUGGGGGGCUGCAGCGCGGGCGCGGUGGCGGUGUCGAUCAAGUGCGACCAGAUCGCCACGUGGCUCAAGGAUUACGGCAUCAAGACCAAGUGCUUUAUGGAUGGAGGUUUCUUCCCAGACGUGGUGGAUGUGAACGGCGAGCGGUCGCUGCGGGAGAAGGUGCAGCGGCUGGCAACACUGCAUGACAUCGACCGGAUUGGGAUCAACGGCGACUGCAAGGAUGCCAUGCAACCAAGUGAUUCCACGUGGAAGUGUUUCUUCCCCGAAUACAAUCUCAAGUUCGUCAAAUCGCCAAUGUUCGUCGUGAACUCGCUGGUGGACUACAAGGCCGUCGCGAUCGCCAUGUCGCCAAAGGCGAAGGGGAAAGCCAACCCGCUUGUGCGCUGCCUCGGUUCCCACUUAAAGAAGUGCACCCCGCAGCAGAUAAGCCAGCUACAGUACUUUUCCAGCAACAUAAAAAACUCGUUAAACAGCGUGACGAAAAACCGGCAAGCAGCGGGGGUUCCGUUUGAGACGUUUACAUUCACUGAAUCUACCCACUGCGUGGUGGGAGACGAAAUGUGGCAGAAGCUUCAGGAUGACGUUUCAGGAGGCUCGGGAGGAGGGAAUGGUGUGGCUGGUGCUGCGUCAACUGGUCUCGGUCCGACGAAUAAAAAGCCUAAUUUGGCGGGAUCCUUCAAUAGCUGGUAUCAUUAA